UUUAUCCCCUGUUUAAUAAUGAGAGAAAGGAACGGAAGGAAAAUUGAGGAUGUAAACACAAUUUUGAAGAAGAUUUCUUUAAAGGUCUGGUGAUUCCAUAGUGUCGUUAGAUCCAAGAUUCUUUGUCAGUUUGUAUAUGGUUUAUGGCGGUUCCGAGAGCCGCCAACAGUGCUACCCAUAGAGUGGCGCUUAAAGCACUGCUAUUGUCUCUCCUAGAGUUAGAGUCUUUCGACUUUAUUGGGUGGCUUCACUAGGGCGUCGCUUCUAGUGGGGUUUCUGGGUAAUUUUGCUUGUAUAACUCUUAUUCUCUAUUGAUAUCACUCAAAAAUAAAAUAAAAAUGCAAUUUUCAAGACAUUUUCCUUUGUUUUUUUAAGAAUUGGAACAAUGAUAGGAAAAGGAAAGAUGCAGUUUUUUUUUUUACUUUAGAAGGUAUCCCUUCAAAUUGGAGGGAAAACCAACUCUUUACCUUUUUUUAUCGUUUAUUUUCUUGCUUAUUCAUUUUCUUGCUUCUUUUUGGUAGCCAGUUCAGAAAAAUCUUAAUAUUAAUAUGUAUAUUAAUAAAUAAGAAAUUGGAAAUUUAACUAAAUUUAUCAAUCAUAAACGGAGAUCUAUUUUUUUUAAAUGGUCUGAUGGAAAGAUGAGAGUAUAAUAAUUAAUUAUUAUCAUAUUCUGUCAAUUUAUCUAGUUCUUGUUUUUUAUUUAUUUUCAUAGGUGUUUUUUUAUAAAUGGAUGCGACGCAUCUCAACUUUCAUUCAUAACACAACGUGGCUCGGAAAGGCCUUGACAGUCGUACAUGAGAAGGUGGUAUAAACCAGGAUCAGAAAUAGGGACAAAAUGAGAACCCAACGGGAGGGAAUGCCCUCUACUAGCAAGAUAGUCGGCACACUUAUUACCCUCUCUAUAAAUAUGGUAACACGAGACUUCCCAGUUCCGUGAACAUAACUCCUGGAAACGAUCAGUAAUAGCAGCAUGAUGGUGGUCGUUGUUCGGGUUGUGAAGAAGCUGAACGGCACACUUAGAAUCCAACUCAACACGGCCCCUACAUAAACAAUUGAUUUUAUGACAAGCAAUUUUAUUUACCUCAUGUAUAGCAUAUUUCUACGCGAUACAUAAUAUUGUUAUGUGAUAUGUAAAAGUGUACUACGUUCCUAGUGAAAAUGAUAUUAGAGUGUGAAAUUUUUAUAGAAUUGAUGUCAUAUUAUACAGUAGAGGUAAUUAAAUAUUUGUGAAAAUUUUUUUAAAUCAAAUUAAAAUGCACGAGAUUUAAAAUCAAGAAUGUUUUUUAUACCAAACAAAAUUAGCACAAAAUAUAAAAUUAAAUUUGAUCCACUAUUCAUAAAUAAUGAAAAUAUUAUCAACACAUAAUUAAGUAUCUUACUAUUACAUAAAUAAUAAAAUAACAUAUCUAUCACAGUUUUCAAUAUAUUUUUUCCCUCUCACUUUUCCUUCACUUUCCUCCAUAAACAAACAUUUUUCUCUUUCCUCUAAAAUUUCCUUCAUUUCUUCCAUCCAUUCAUCCUUCCUUCCUUCCUUCAAAAAUAGAGGGUAAAUGCAAGGUCUCGAGAGUGGUUAUAAAUUUUACCUAAUUUUUCAGUUAUGUGUUUCGAAUUUGAUUUAAGUUUAUCAAUCCUCAUACACUCGGGGGAAAUAAUUGUGUCAAACGAUAAAAUAUUAAAAGAUAUAAAACCGGAAAUGUAUUUGAAAAAAGGUAAACGCAAUAUUUUUAGUAGGCAUGUAUUAACAACAAUCAAGGUGGAGGAUUCUACGUAGGGAUGACAACUUUGCCCAUACCCAUGGGUUUCUUACUAUCCAACCCAAUUGGGUUGGGUAUGAAAUCCAAAUAGAUGGAUAUGGGUAGAGUUUGAUGGGUUUGUCCCCAUACCUAUUUACUUUGGGUUGAGUUGGGUUUAUAUCAAAUGGAUUUGGGUUUGUACCCAUGCCCAAAUACAAAUUACAAUUUGAUACCCAAACUUAAUAGAUAUGCAUAUUUAGUACCUAAAUUUAAUUUUUUUGCAUAUAAGUCCUCAAAUUAUCGAUGGAAAAUUAUGUUUUGGUACCUAAAUUUUUUUGUCUUACAUUUUGGUACCUAAAAUUUUCAAGUUUUACAAAUAGGUCCAAUUUUUGCAAGUGUAGUUAAAACACCAUCAAGUAAAUGGAUAUCCAUAUCCAACCCAUACCCAUUUAGAUUAUGGAAGCAAUAUUCAUACCUUACCCAAACCUAUCUAUAAACUCCCAAAUCCAUAUGCACUUCACCCCAUAGUUAGUAAAUACUCCGUUUAAUACACGUAUAUGUACCCGUACGUACUUUAUCCGUUUAAAACUUCCGUAUCCGUAUUAUUGUCAAGCUGUUUCAUUUUCCCCCGUUCAUUUGAUGAUGUCCGUACUAAACACGUAUAAAACCCGUAUAACACGUUUAUUAUCCGUAUUUUAUUAAUUAAAUUGUUAACUUUAGUAUUAUUUAUAUUUUUAUUUAUUUUUAAAAUGAUUAAUUUUAUAUAUUUAUGACUAUUAACGUACUAUUAAACGUACUUUAGCUUAAAGACAAAGUAUAAUACCCGUACGUAUUUUUUACGUAACUUUCCCGUACCGUAUUUUACUAACUAUGUUCACCCAUACCCAACCCAUUAUCAAUGGGUCUACUUGGGUUUGGGUAUAAUUACCCAUAGGUGGGUAAUUUGCCAUCCCUAAUUUUAGAUCAUUAAAGAAAAGAAUGCCAUAAAUAUCAAGUAUAUAACAAAAAAGUGAAAGAAAAAUGAGGAAACUCAAGGAUAGUAGAUAACAUGAGGCAAGCAUGGAAAAAUCAGGCAAUACUUGCACAACUUGAGCUUGUCGUCCAUUAUGAAAGAAAUCAGGCUAUACCUGCACCAUUUGAGUUGGUCGUCCAUUGCGAAAAAAUUCGGCUAUUUGCAUGAGAUAAAAAGUAAAUGCAAUAUUUUUAAUAGGCAUGUAUUAACAACAAUAAGGCCAAGACAAAAGGGUCACUUCCUUUAAAGGAGAGCAUCGAAUUUGUCUUGAAAGAAGAGGAUGAGAGCACUCCUCUGAAGAAUCGUAAUAGAGGAUGGAUGCACUGAGGAGGGCUCGUCUAAGCGCCCUGCUACUCUUCCAAGGCUGCUUGAGGUUUAUCCGACUUGGCCUACAUCACCGCCGGUCACUUGCUCCUCCAGGCUCCAACACGGUACCUUGUGGAAGAUCACAUCCACUCUCUUCGCUACCGCCAAUACAUGGGAGAGGUUCUUCUACAUUGAUCCAGGUUGAGUAUGGUUUGAGUUAGUUCGCUAUUUAACUCGAACUUUGGGGACAAGGUUCUUUCGAAGAGGGAAGGAAUGUUGCGUAUAUGUUUAUUACCAUUAUUAUUAUUGGUUUCUUAGUCCACAAGUAGCAAUUAGUAGAGUUGUAGUAGGAAAAGGGUAGUUGGCGGCCAUACUUGGGCGAAUGGGUUAGGGUUGGUUAUUGGGUUUAGGGUUUGUCUUUACUAUAAAUAUGUACUUUGUGGUUCCGUUAUGAUUAUCGAAGAAGAAGAAUAUUUAGUUUAUCGUAACUUUUAUCUUUCGUAUCUUAGGAGUAGACUUAAUUUAGCUAUUUUUGUCAUGGUUGCGGAAAUUUAUACGCAACACGCUACUAUAUGUGCUUGUGUCUUGCAGGCUUGAUGUGAUGCGAUGGUUACUUAGCUAGGUGUCUCAUGCUUGACACAUAGAUACUCACAUUCCUUGACACCUAGGUGGUCUAACAUGUGGGGUCGUGCAUGCCUAACACGUCUUCAUGGCCUUCUUGGGUGGGUAUCAUGUUUGAUACCCAUGACACAUAUUGUGCAUGACUUCUUGGCGAUGAAGGUGUAUAUCCCAUUGGAUGAUGUCAUGCUCGAUACCUAAGUGUUUGGUAGAUCAACACAACCCUCUAAGGUGAUAUCAUGCUUGAAACCCAAGUGCUUGAUGAGUUUUGAUUAGAGGUGGCAAUUCUCAAUCCAAUCCAUCAAUCCAUUAAAAAUAUCCAAAUAAUCCAAUCGAUAUAAAUCCAAUCCAUUUGAUCCAAAUCCAAUUGGAUUGGUGGAUUAAUGGAUUGGAUCCAUGGAUCAUUGGCAAAUUACGGUUUAAUACCUAUAAUUUUUAUUUUUUACAUUUUGGUACCUAAAAUUUAAUUUUUUAUACGAAAAAAUACAUUGGAAAAUUACAUUUUGGUACCUAAAAAAUUUCAUUAUGACAUUUUAGUACCUAAACUUUUCACAUUUUACAUAUUGGUCCUUGGUUGAGGAUGUCAUUUGGAUUCGUGGAUAAUCCACCAAUCCAUGAAUCCACCAAUCCAUUUGAUCCAUGGAUCCACCAAUCCAAUCUAAUUGCCACCUCCAGUUUUGAUGCAUGUACAGACCCCAAGGGUGAUGUCAUGCUUGGAAAGGCGGCGGCGAUGGGGUGUAUAUUGGUCUACUUCACAUGAUAGUAUGAGUAGCCCUAAAGCACAUCACUUAGACCCAACUUAGAUAACUUUAAUUAAUAUGGUUAAGUUGAUUUUAUAAAAAGUAUUUUAGUAGUGGAUUGUGCUCGCCAUUAAGAAAAGACUCUACUCGAUAAUUUCGAGCAAUUUAUCAAAAAUAUGAAAAACGAAGAUCCAGUUUUGUAAUAUUGACCAAUAGAGGUGGCAAAUGGAUUGGAUUGGUGGAUUGGUGGAUUGGAUUGGUGGAUCCAUGGAUCAAAUGGAUUGGAUCAAAUGGAUUGGAUCUAAUGGAUUGGUGGAUUCAUGGAUUGGAUCAAGUGGAUUGGUGGAUUAUCCAUGAAUCCAAAUGACAUCCUCAACCAAGGACCAAUAUGUAAAAUGUAAAAAGUUUAGGUACUAAAAUGUCAUAAUGAAAAAUUUUAGGUACC